AUGGACAGUGGCAAUGAGAGCGGUAGAGUGUCCAGGGACGGAAAACGUCAGCGUGUGUCCAAGACCCCGUCUCACCUGAAGCACUACGUGCUACCUGGAACCUCCAAGCGUCCACCGUGUUUUGCAGCGUCGACGCCCCCUCGCGACGCGAGAGAUGAUCGGGAUGGCUCGAGCUCUUCGUCGCGCGAGACGACGUCGAAUCGCCGCAAGGCUGGAACGGCCCGGUCGCAGGAGGAUGCGCGCACCGCGCGGAGUGGAAAGAGGAGCAGGGACCCGGACCUAGAGGACGAUGAAGGGCGUGAAGAACCUGCAGCGACGGGCCCGGGCCCAGUGUCGUCAGACGACGACCCAAACGAAGCUCUUCCAAGGGUCAAUCCGCGCGUCGACGGCGACGAAGACGCCACACAGGAGGAGGCCUCAGAUUCCACGCCCGUGACCAGGGCGGAGAUGACGGCGCUGCGCAAGAUGCAGAUGGACACGGCAGCCACAAUGGCACGGCUGGAGACGGCACUGCUGGCCUCGCUGGCCAACCACCAGGCGAAGAAGCGCAAAUGUGACAACGCAAGAGGCGAGUGCGACAGGGUCAACCCACGUAAGGCUCGCCGCGUGGCGAGCCCCGAGCCGUCGCUAGAUGAGGACGAGGUGGAGGACGAGGUCGGUUGCCACGAAAUCUGCGAGCAGCUGUGUGUGCAUCCCUUCAUCAACACUCCAGACGCGCAGAUGUCGUUCUACCCCAGUAGUGCGGCGAAGAGUGCCGGGCUAUGCGCUGUAAUUGAGCGUCUGACUCCCACCUUUGCUGCUCUCGCAAUGGCUGCGGACAAAGCGUGUCGCGCUGACCUGAACCGUACGCUGAGCGAUUGGAAGACGGCGGCCGCGGGCAGGGUGCGAGACAUCGCUCUGCCGAAGCUGGGACUUUUCCGCGACGAGAGGGACGCGAGCAGCCCGUGGGCUGCACCAAGGGCCCGGUCGGCUGCGAGAGUUCAGGAGCGUCUUCUUCUGACGCUCGAUGGGGAGGGUAAGGCUGUCAACCUGGUUGGUUUUUGCUUGGGCGGUUGCAACAUAAUGACGCACGUAUGGCCGGAUGGUUGUUGUGCAGACCACUUCGUGAUCUCCAAGUGGAGCGAGGACAGGCGCGGCAUGCCAUUUGCGUCGGGCGCAUUUGCUGCUUGCGCUCGCGCGGCGUUCAGGCCCCGGAUGGUGAACGGGACGCUGACGUUGAAGCUGUAUCACAUGGCGUGGCUCGAACACGUGGUGACCGACGCGAUCCGCUUCUGGGACACCCGCAAGGGCAGGCUCUCGAACUCUGCGGGUGUCAACGCGCAGAUCGUGGACGGCCUCCGCGAGUGCGCGCUCGUGGACGUCAUGGCUGCCAUCGAGCAGUACCAGCUGCAGUACGACCCCACGACGUCGUCGUGGGCGUGGGGCCGCCAUGGGCUGCGCCUGUCUGCGGAUGGAGUUGAGAGGCAGGAGCCCGCCAAGCAGGCACACAGCGAGAGCGACGGCUAG